AUGGUGAAAGAACCUCCAGAUAAUCGACCAGAUAUCUUGUCUGGAAUAUCAACAGAUAAUUUGCUUCCAGAGUCAUUCAAAUCGCAUAAAAUCUGUGUAGGAUGUAAGGCAUAUGUUAUUAAGGAUAAAACAUAUCAAAAAGCGGAAAUUUUAUCGCUUCAAACACGUAAAAAUCAACAAUAUUUUUAUGUCCAUUAUCAGGGCUUUAAUAAACGUUUAGAUGAAUGGGUGCCUCUUUCUCGUAUUGAUUUUUCUAAAGAAAUAGAGUUUCCACGGGUAGAUAAGUCUAAAAAGAUUAUCAAACCAAAUAUACAAAAAACAGAAGUUAUAGAAGCAAAAGUAGAAAACAAAACAAGUAAAAGAUCUCGUAGUGCAUAUGAAGAAUCAUUGUCAGAUGACAUAGUAGUAAAUUCAAAAACAACUAAAGAAAAAGAAAAUAAAACACCUAUGUUAAAGUCAGAAAAUGGUGAUCAAGAUGUUCAACAUACCCAGGAAGAUGAAGACGAUAUUGUAUUCGAUAUUGAUGUAGCUGGUAAAACAAAUGGCGUUAAUACUGGCGUAGAAAAAUACUCUAAAACAACAGAAAUUGAAAAAUUAAGAACAUCAGGCUCUAUGACGCAAAAUGUUCAUGAGAUUUCACGUGUUAAAAACCUUACAAUGAUACAGAUAGGUAGAUAUGAAGUUGAACCAUGGUAUUUUAGUCCAUAUCCUAUUGGAUUAACAGAACUUGAUUUAAUUUAUAUUUGUGAAUUCUGUUUUUCAUAUUUUGGAUCUAAAAAACAAUAUGAAAGACAUAGAACAAAAUGCACUCUGCAGCAUCCUCCAGGAAAUGAGAUUUAUCGUGAUGAGCAUAUUUCUUUUUUUGAAAUAGAUGGACGAAAACAACAUACAUGGUGUAGAAAUCUUUGCUUAUUGUCGAAAUGUUUUUUAGACCAUAAAACACUCUAUUAUGAUGUAGAUCCUUUUUUAUUUUAUUGCAUGACUACGCGUGAUGACUAUGGAUGUCAUUUAAUUGGUUAUUUUUCAAAGGAAAAGGAUUCGUCUGAAAAUUAUAAUGUUGCAUGUAUUUUAACUCUACCACAAUAUCAACGAUUAGGUUAUGGAAGAUUGCUUAUAGAAUUUUCAUAUGAGCUUUCUAAAAGGGAAGGAAAACUAGGAUCACCAGAAAAACCCUUAUCAGACCUUGGUUUACUCAGUUAUAGAGCAUUUUGGGCAGAUGUUGUAAUUGAUCUUUUAAUGAAUACAAGAGUUGAAGUUACUAUUGAUGAAAUUGCUAAUAAAACAUCUAUGACAUCCCAGGACGUCUUACAUACGAUUCAAAAUCUCAAUAUUCUUAAAUAUUAUAAAGGGCAACAUAUUAUAUGUAUAUCCGAAGUUAUUGAACAACAAUAUGAAAAACACAAAAUAAAACAAAAGAGAAAAAUCAAUCCAGAUGGUCUUUCUCAUUGGAAACCCCCAGUUUUUAAUUCUACACAGUUAAGAUUUGGUUAUUAA